GAUAUGGUGCGUGCCCCCUGUUGCGAUGAGAAGGAAGUGAAGAAGGGGCCAUGGACUGCUGAAGAGGAUGAGAAACUGGUCCAAUACAUUCAUAAGCACGGCUAUGGUAAAUGGCACAAGCUUCCAAGGCAGGCAGGAUUAUUGAGAUGUGGCAAAAGCUGUCGGCUACGUUGGAUCAACUAUUUACAGCCAAAUAUAAAGCGGGGAAAUUUUUCUCAAGAAGAAGAAGAAGCAAUAUUACUGCACCAUGCCAGGCUUGGGAACAAGUGGUCUGAAAUAGCAAGACAACUUCCAGGUCGUACAGAUAAUGACAUAAAAAAUUACUGGAAUACCCGCAUGAAGAGAAGAGUAAAAGAAACAAUGACAAACAUGUUUUUUGCUCCUCCAAGUCCAUUAUCUUCUUACUUUGCAUCUUUGGAGAUUGAAGCCAGAAUUGGCAGGCACUUUAUCAACCUUGCUGCGCAUGGAAACCCUAAUUUGUCGAGGCCUGUACAAGCAGCUUCUGUGGCCUUAAAUCCUAUGCCUCAACAACUAUUGUCAUUUAAUGCUCAGUGUUUACCAGAGAGUUUUAUCCAAGAUAAUCCAACAAAUAUUAUAUCUGAACUGUUUAAUCUAAGUGGUAAGAACAAGUUUUUAUGGACAGAAAAUAAUUCAGAUUCACUUUUCACCGCCUUGCCAAGUGAAUACAAUGAAUCACCACCACUGUUUUCUUCAUCUUCUAUGGUGAACACCAGCAGCUCUGAAGCUUCGGUUCCGAAAGAGCCCUUCUUCGAUUUUGAAGAAUUCUCAGACGACUCCAUGGAAAUAACAGAAACAAAAAUGCCAACAUGUUUCAUGAAUUGGGAUGAUUGUAACGACUACUGGACAAAUGUGUUAGCUUAG